ACGUCGCAGGGCGCCGCCAGUAGCGCGCGAUGCUGGGCCACUGGCUCCGCUCGGUCUCGGGCGCCGCCCGGGUCUGUGUCCGGGCCCCUCCCGCCCGGGCCCUGCAGGUCCCGCCGCGCCCGGCCUGGCAGCCCGGCGAGCAGCGGUCGCCCCCGCAGCAAAAAGUGAUGCUGGAAGUGCUGGAUCAUUUGGAACACCUGGCCUUGGUUGAUUUCCGUGAUUCGGAGGGUGUGGAGCGGCUGCAGAAGGCGAUCCAGUUUGCUGAUCAGCUUCAGGAAGUAAACACUGAUGGCGUAGAGCCGAUGGAUACAGUCUUGGAGGACAGGUGUCUGUAUCUCAGAGAAGAUGAUGUUACAGAAGGCAACUGCACGAAAGAGCUGCUGAAAAACGCCAGAGAGAAAGUAGAGGAAUAUUUUGUAGCCCCACCAGGUAACAUCCCUUUACCAAAGCUAGAAGAACGAGAUACUUUUCUACAGGGCUCUUAGCAAAAGCCUGGAACCUAAACACCGUUUGAGUAUUUUAUUUGGGUAAACAAAGUUUUGCACAGUCACAGCUGAAGUAUCCUGGUAUGUAUUUUCAUCAAAAGAAGAGCACUUGCAAGACAAUUUACAGAAGAAGGAAGGUGUAAAAAGUUUGGCAGCACUACUGGAAUACUCAAUGUUUAUGAAGCUGGAAGGCAGCAUGACAAAUGACCUUAGUGCUUUUAUUUAGCAAAGUGAAUUUGAUCUUAUUCUUUAAUAUACUGAAAGGCUUAAAGACUUCAAAGAGCAUUAAAAAGUAAUGAUUUAAAAAUCCAGAACAAUAUAUUUUUCCUCAACAAGUUUGCCGGCAAAAUGAGAGGUUGGAAGGCUGUAUUGGUAUGGAGGAGUUGUUGACAACAUUGCUGAGUAUCUCUGUGACGUAUGGACAGAAAUCAGAUUUUCAUUAUGGAAGAAAAGGCACUUUGAAAAGAUGACUCAGUAAAAUAUUUUGCUUCUACUGGGUAUUUCCAUUUCACCUCUGGUGUUCCAUGUCUCUCUGGGUUACCUUCCAUUUCCCACUUUGUGUUUUUAGUCUUAUAAAUUAAAUACCUGGAGUUGUACAGAAUUUGAGAAAGUACCUUUCAAGCAUAGAAAUGGCUGCUUUAAAAUAAAAAAAUCUUUGCAGUAAGUAUUUCUGUCCACCAGCUGUGUAUCUGUAGUGGCACCAGCAAUUAUUUUUUUAAUUAAACCAUUUUUCCAUUUCAAAGAAAGUACUGCAGUUGUUUUAAAACAUCUUGUAUGGCUAAGCUUGUAAAUAAAGAAUGUAAUUGUUUUUUAACUUGG